GGUUAAGGUGCUGUCCUGUCAUUUUCUGUUGAGGUCGUCCCACGUAUGUUUUGUGUCGUCCCAUUUUCACCUUUUUUGUGGUAUUUAAAAUUUUUGAUGGGUUCUAUUUUUGUCCGAGAUGGAAAAUAAACUAAGGAGAUACGAAAAAAUCGAAUUCUUAGGGGAGGGUCAAUUUGCCACAGUGUACAAAGCCAGAGAUGUGGAAACAGAUACCUUCGUAGCUGUUAAAAAAAUAAAAAUAGGUACCAGACAGGAAGCCGACGAUGGAAUUAAUAGAACCGCACUCAGGGAAAUUAAAUUAUUGCAAGAACUACACCACAAAAACCUGAUCGGACUGCUAGAUGUUUUUGGGCAUAUGUCCAAUGUUUCACUUGUUUUUGAUUUCAUGGACACUGAUCUUGAAGUAAUUAUCAAAGACAACACUAUCAUCCUUACAACAGGGAACAUCAAAGCUUAUAUUUUACAGACAUUACAAGGACUGGAGUAUCUGCAUUUGAACUGGAUAUUACAUAGGGAUCUUAAGCCAAAUAAUUUGCUCGUUAAUGCUGCUGGUGUAUUAAAGAUAGGUGAUUUUGGCUUAGCCAAGCUAUAUGGUUCUCCAAAUAGAAUAAAUACCCAUCAAGUUGUAACUAGAUGGUAUAGAGCACCUGAACUACUGUAUGGAGCCAAGCAGUAUGGGACAUGUAUUGACAUGUGGGCAGUUGGUUGCAUCUUAGCAGAGCUUUUAUUAAGGGUUCCAUUAUUCCCAGGAGAAUCAGAUCUAGAUCAACUUACAAAGAUCUUCUCAGUAUUUGGUAAUCCCACAGAAGAAACUUGGCCUGGAGUGAAACAACUCUCUGACUAUAUAGAGUUCAAGCCUCUACCUUGUAUACCACUGAAAAAUAUAUUUACUGCUGCAGGAAAUGACCUGUUGGAUCUGAUAGAAAGUAUGUUAGUCUUGAAUCCCAUAAAAAGGAGGGAGGCCUCAGAAUGCUUGCAGUUGCCUUUCUUUAGUAAUAAGCCAGCCCCUACCUUGGGAUCUAAACUGCCUCUGCCUAAGAAUGUGAGAACCAUCAGAGAUAUUGAGAAGCCAUCAUUGAAAAGAAAAAUAUUGGAUGCUGCUGAAGGGGGGACUCUUUCGAAGAGAUUGUUAUUUUAAGAUGUAUUAUUGUGAAUUUGUGAUCAAAGUUCUAGUUGCCUAGAUUGUUGAUGUAUAUGGGGAUGAUGUAUCAGUUAUAUAAAUUGGACAAUACUUUGUACAAAAUCAUUACAGUUAGAUUUAAAAGCAUUUAAAUUACCGGUUCUUGAAUGAAUUUUAUGAACUGAUGACAAUUUGCGUGGGAAGUUCAGAGUCAACCUACUUGGCGCUAUUCUUUCCUCGUUGACAGGUUCUUCACUCUCAGUAGUGAUUUUGCAUCCUGGGUACACAGCAUGAAACUUCUUCAAGUCUCCUAUGAAAAUUGCAUCUUUUGAUUACUUGUAUAUAAUUGUAGCAGUCCAGAGAAACUUGUUUUCCCAGAAACUAGGAUCACAGGCCUUUGGACUUCUUUCGAAGUGACCCUAUUUUAAAUCGAUUAUCUUUACCUUGUAGUGGCUUAAUUCUCUCUAGUAAGUCUGAGAAAUACCCUGAAGUGUCAAAGUUCAUGUUCAUCACGAAAUUGGGAAGUCGGUAUCGCGUGAACGAUAAUUAGAAGCAAAUACCUACCCAAAGUAAUUGUUUUUGCUGUUUUUUAUAACCUUUGCCCACUUUAAUAGUUCCAAAAUUUGUUUCAUAGGUAUUUCACAGUCUAAAAGAUUGGGAGCUUCAUUCCAUGGUAAUUCUCUAGCUUAACUAGACCAGCCACCUUUGAGUGUAGAUGAAAGAAAUGAGUCUGGAAAUGAGCGCAAACAUAAAAGUUCUGAAAUAUUUUACUAUAUAAUAGGUUUUAAUUGAAUGUUUGUUUUCAAAGACUGUGUGAUGUGUAGCUAGAUUUCAUUACUUAAUAGGUUUUCGAAUUGAUGGAUAUUUUUAAUAAUUAAAUUUGUAUGUAUGACUUCACACAACCCUGCAUAAUGUCUAAUGCGCGACUCAGAGGGGAUCAAAUUCUACAUUAAAAGGAGAGCUGCUACGCGUGGAAAUGCGUAUUUUCGUUAAUUUUCACAUAUUUCCUCAAUUUGGCAACAUCGCGGUAUAUAUAUGAUCCCUUCCAUCCUGCUACUAUUCGUCAUUUAUUUGUCUGGGCGAUCCGUAGGACCUUUGCCCAUUAGUCACUGUCUGAUGUACGUUAGUCGAAUCUGUCAGUCCUGGUUGCCCAGAAACCA